AUGAAUCACACGAGCAGUCUUGUAGGAAAGGCGUGCAAAUGCAGUCAGAGACACUGUAAAUGCUGGCUGUUUGCUCUCUUUCGUGUCGGAUCAUAGCUGUCCUCCUCUAGCUCAAAAUGGGUUAGAGGGAGGAUGCCUGCCUGGAUUAUCCACUUUCAACACUUUGCGAGGAUGUGGAAUUGGAAUAUCUGUUUUUGCAGAGGCAUCUUGACAAAGACAGAGAGAGAUAAUAUAGAUAGCAUUUGAAAUAUAUCUCCACUGUUCUUCGUUUUCUUUCCUUGUUUAUUUUUUUGAGAAAUGAUUGCAGAAUUCGUUUGCAGCGCCGUGGCUUUGGUCCUCUAUGUCAACACUCUGGGCGCCGAUUUCUGCUACGAUGACAGCCGUGCGAUCAAAACCAACCAGGAUCUGCUACCAGAGACUCCGUGGAUCAACAUCUUCUACGAUGACUUCUGGGGCACCCUGCUCACCCACAGCGGCAGCCACAAGUCCUACCGGCCCCUGUGUACCCUCUCCUUCCGCCUCAACCAUGCCCUGGGUGGCCUGGAGCCCUGGGGCUACCACCUGGUCAACGUGGGCCUCCAUGGGGCCGUCACGGCCCUCUUCACCUGGCUGGCCCGCUUGCUGCUAGGAGAGGGCCUGUGGAGCCUCCUGGCUGGGUUAUUGUUCGCCUCGCAUCCCAUCCACACAGAGGCGGUGGCGGGCGUGGUAGGCCGUGCCGACGUGGGCGCCGCCCUCUUCUUCCUGCUGUCUCUGCUGUGCUACGUGCGUCACUGCGCCCUGCGAGGGGGCCCUGCGGGGCCCUGCAGGCUGGGGGCCUGGCUCCUGGGCAGCCUGGGUUGUGCUGCCUGCAGCAUGCUGUGGAAAGAGCAGGGGGUGACGGUAUUGGCCGUGUCGGCACUCUAUGACGUCUGUGUGUUCCACCGGCUCAAGUUGCGUCAGGUCAUCAUGCUCUUCUACAAGAGGAGGAACGUCCACCUGCUGUUGAGUGUGUUGCUGUUGGCUGCCUGGGGGGCUGUUCUGCUGGUCUGCCGCCUUUACUGGAUGGGUAACAAACCACCCAACUUCUCCAACUCAGACAACCCAGCGGGGGACUCCCCGUCCCUUCUCACCCGAGCACUUACCUUCCUCUACCUGCCCGCUGUCAACAUGUGGCUCCUCCUCUGCCCGGACACGCUGAGCUUCGAUUGGUCCAUGGACGCCUUGCCUCUGAUCAGAGGCAUUGUCGAAUGGAGGAACCUUCAUACCGUGGCCUUCUAUGUGGGACUGCUCCUCCUGACUUGGUUUGGGCUUUGCACCCGCCGGGUCAAGGGCAAGGAGACCAACGGAAAAACCCAUCAUGUAACCAACGGCAACGGGAAGUCCAACACCAAUGGACACAGCUAUUACCACCCUGACCUUCCCGACCACACAAACUCUGAAACAGAACCUCACCCUGCCAGUGCACAAAACGGUACCAAAAAGCAUUACGUCACGAGGACUCGACUGCCCACCACUGAGAAUGUAGUGGCGUUCUCCUUGGGCCUACUGGCCAUCCCUUUCCUCCCUGCCACCAACCUGUUCUUCUACGUGGGCUUUGUGAUAGCAGAGAGAGUACUGUACAUCCCCAGUAUGGGCUUCUGUCUGCUGCUGGCGGUGGGGCUGAGGUCCCUGUACGUGCGGCUGAGGCGGAGGUCGUCCAGGACUGUGGUGGUGUACUGUAGCGCUGCCAUGGUCCUGCUGUUUGGAGUUAAAACGGUGCUGAGGAACCAGGACUGGCAGAACGAGGAGAUGCUCUACAAGUCAGGAAUAUACGUGAAUCCUGCUAAAGCAUGGGGCAAUCUUGGAAACGUCCUAAAGAACCAGGGCAAGAUGGCGGAGGCGGAGCAGGCGUACAGGAACGCCCUCUACUACCGCCGGAACAUGGCAGACAUGCUGUAUAACCUCGGUUUGCUGCUACAAGAAAACAACAAGUUCUCUGAGGCGCUCCACUACUAUAAACUGGCCAUUGGGAGCAGGCCAACUCUGGCUUCAGCCUACUUGAACACAGGGAUCGUCCUGAUGAACCAGGGGAGACUGGAUGAAGCCAAGAGGACCUUCCUGACCUGCGCCGAUAUCCCCGACGAGAACCUGAAAGACCCCCACGCCCACAAGAGCUCCGUUACCAGCUGCCUAUACAACCUGGGCAAGCUGCUCCAUGAGCAGGGGCACCAGGAGGAGGCCCUCACGGUGUAUAAAGAAGCAAUACGGAAAAUGCCAAGACAAUUUGCACCUCAGAGCCUCUAUAACAUGAUGGGAGAGGCCUACAUGAGACUGAACAAGCUGACCGAUGCCGAGCACUGGUACAAAGAGUCCCUGAGAGCCAAGCCAGACCACAUCCCAGCACACCUGACCUAUGGCAAACUCCUCGCCCUCACGGGUCAGAAGACCGGAGCAGAGAGGUACUUUCUGAAGGCCAUCCAACUAGACCCCACUAAAGGAAAUUGCUAUAUGCACUAUGGUCAGUUUUUGUUGGAGGAGUCUCGUCUUCUGGAAGCGGCUGAGAUGGCUGAGAAGGCGGCGCGUCUGGACAGCGGGGAGUUUGAUGUUGUCUUCAGUGCAGCCCACAUGCUCAGACAAGCCAGUCUCAACGACGCAGCCGAGAAGUAUUACGGACAGGCAGCCAGCAUAAGACCUAACUAUCCAGCAGCCCUGAUGAACCUGGGGGCCAUUCUCCAUCUCAACGGGAAGCUGCAGGAGGCGGAGACCAACUACCUGCGAGCGUUGCAGCUGAAGCCAGACGACACCAUCACCCAGUCUAAUCUGCGUAAACUGUGGAACAUAAUGGAGAAACAGGGCCUGAGGACAAUGGGGCCGUGAGUUAACUCACCAGCCAGUCAGCCAUCUGUGCAGCAGGCCUGGGGAAGAAGUGGCCCGCUGCUCCCUUGGAGGAGAAACUGGGGUAGUGAGGAUAGAGGAGGACAGCAGAAAAAUGCACAAGACUGCAGAACGCUCCUUGUGACUCUACACUACUCCUCAGGCCAGGAGUAGCUUCCCUGGGAGGCUGUCCGUUGUGAGGAGCACUACCUUUGAAUAAUGUCUUCCUGGAACUUUGUCCAAAAUGUGUGCUCUCCCAGGGUCUGUGAAUCUCUACCAGAGCACUUAAUUUGAAGUGGGCCAUAGGUUCAUACUUGAAGGUCUUGUGAUUUAAUUAGGAAUUGAAUUAGUUAUAGAUGCUUAUAGGAUCAUGUAGGACAACGUUUGUCCUGGCGCAGAGUCCCAAGGCGCUGCCCUCCGAAGCAGGAACGCCGAAUUAAGUUUCUGGUCUAAUGAAAGUUGUGUUCAUUGGCUUCUGUGCACAUCAGUGAAACUCAUGGCAUGAUAUAGGACAUAACAGCUUUAACAAUACAUUCUCAAAUUGAACUCAACUAGUGGUGGCCAGGACUGACGAAUCAUUCAUUGUGAUUGUUUAUGAGAUUUCACUGAUUUAACAUGUUGUUGGACAUUGAGACCUACAGCUCCUGCAAAGAGAUGUAGCAGAUUGUUGAGCAUCGUUGAGUGAUUCAAAAAAGUAACCCACUGAUCGAUAUCGUCUUAUAAAUAACACUUCCACAAGAGAAAACAGAUACCGUAUAAAUGGAACAUGUGCUCUCAGGGUACAGUCAAGGAGCGCUCUGAGGAUUUCCCACCCUGAAACAUAAUGAACCCAGAGAAUAUCAUUUGCCAAAAGACACAGUGUUAGUUGUGAGAGAAAAUACCAAUAAGAUAGUUUGAAGGAAAGGUGAAAUGAAUUUGAGCUGGAGUUUCUGUCAUUAUUUGCUAACUCUAUCAUGCCUUACUAUGUGAAGGCGCAAAACUAUUCCAUGUAAAUGUAGCAGUGAAUUUCAAAUUGCUUCUCUAGGCUUGUUGUUUCAUAGAGUGACAUAACAUGGCUCCUGUGUAGGUCAGAGCCAUAUAUUAAGAUGAGUAUAUGGCUCCUGUGUAGGUCAGAGCCAUAUAUUAAGAUGAGUAUAUGGCUGCUGUGUAGGUCAGAGCCAUAUAUUAAGAUGAGUAUAUGGCUCCUGUGUAGGUCAGAGCCAUAUAUUAAGAUGAGGAUAUGACUCUGGUGUAGGCUACUCAUGUCUCCUUGGAUAAUUUACUUCGAGGAAGGUAGCUAAUGUGUUUUGAAAGGAAAUGGCAAAUUACCUUCCCAUGGUACUAACAUUAGCCCCCCCCCCCAUCAGCUGACAUGCUAGUUGGAGGUUUGGACAGCAGCAGAGGACUGAAGGCUUCCCCUCCCUUCGCAAUACAAGACAUGAUAAGAGGACAGUUGGAAGUCAUCGUUGAUGUCUGAAAUCUUAUAACCAAGUAGCCGUCAAACCGAUGCACUCCAUUACAUAACAAUGCACAGUCAUAGUUUGUCUGAGGGAAUCUUUUAAUGCAAUAUUGCUUUGUUUGAAAAUGUUCCUUUUCUUUUACUUGUAUGUAUAUAUGGAUUUGAAUAUAUACAGUAAAAACCUACAUACAGUAUAAUAGACAAUAGUCUGACUUGCAAGGGAAGGUCAGUGCCCACCCAGCAAGUUCAGUAUCUGUAAGAUAUGAAUCAUUUUUCCUAGCAUCAAAACAUCAUGUUCUCUCACUCUUUUCAGUCUUACAUGUCAAUAUUGUAUAUAUUCUGUGUAAUUUACAUCUACUUGGUUGUUGUCAAAAAACAUUUUUUACCACCGUUUAUUAACUGUAUCUCCAACUUGGAAGAAACUUUAUUUUGGAGAAACAAAUAAUCCCGCUAUGACAUUUAUGUUUGUUGUAAAGAAGCCCACAGCCACCGGGCGGUUGAAUAUUUGUAAGUUAUUUCUUUGUGUUAUCUUGGCAUAUAAACCAGCUGGCACUGUGUUACAUUUCCAAGUGUAUGUUGAAGAUAAGAUUAGUAAGAUAAAAUAAGUAUUGAUCCAUUUCACUUUAUGAAAUGUGAUAUACCUGUACACGUUUGUCUAGAAGACUUUUCCUUGCGAUUCGGGCUGAAAAAAUACAACCAUUUGACUCCGAAAUUCGAACAGAAGCAUCUUAAUUUCGCUCAAAUACUUGCACUUGACACAAAGAAAACAAAGUUCAUGAUAAUUGAAAUGACUAGCAAAACGCCAAAAGUAUUUAAACAUAGCAUUUUCUUGUGCUGUGCUCUUCCCUACACAGUGACCCCAUCCUCAGAGGUCAUAUCCAGUGCUUUAUGGAGUUAGUAGUAUGAUAGUUGCCUUGUUCUUUUUGAACAUUGAGCAUGUAUGAGCCCUGUUCCACUCUGUACGUAACCUCUGUUCUCAUGUCUGUCUGUCUUUUGAAAGCACAGCACGGCCGUCUGUCUGUCCGGCUGGAGCUCGAUAGCUCUACUGGUUCUUACUGUCGUAACGGUUGUGUUUGUCUCGACUGCAUCAACACUCUGGUGUAUUUUGCUAUGAUCACCAUGUCUAUCUGUCUGAUAUAAUGAAGUGUUGAGCUCGGUUAUCACCAUGAAGUAUUCUACCCUCACACCUUCUCCCCAACACCACCAUCCCCCAUCACAAGUUGUGCUAAUUUGUCUUGUGUAUAAAGUGUUGAUGAACAAACGAGAGUGUGUGUCUGAAGAUGGAAAUAAGUGUUUCAUUCUGUGUCUCUGCUCAGGGAUUUCAAGCGGUGGGUUGUAUUGCAGACUCAUGCUCACAGAGCACUCAGAGUUUCUAAAGUUAUAUUUUUGGAAAGUUGUAUUUGUAUAAAUUAUCAAGAUUUGUAGCCUUUGCUUUUUUGUAAUAUAAAAAAAAACGUGCCAGAAUAGACUUUCCCAAUGUUUCUUUUUUUCCACAAUAAAAUAAUGGUGUUCUGCUUUCA